GCUACGGUCGUGUCGAUUUUUGGUUUCCUCGUCUCCCAGUGCCCGUCGUCCUGCAAAUGCGUCACUAGCCAAAUUGUUUCCGUAGGGUGGACACCGAGUCAAGAAAUUGUUGUCGAUAAGGAACGUGAUUUUUUUAAGAGCGUCACUUCGUUGGCAAUCCCUUUAUUCGCCUUGAAUAGAAAUCUUCAGCUAAAGUUGUCAGAUCACGAAGUACAGCAGAAAACCCAGUAUUUGCAUAGAUAAGCCCCUUGGCUAUUGCGUCAUCCUGAAACGAGCUUGCCACUGCACAUCACUGCAACGUCACUCUUGGGUUUCAUUGAGGCAGUGAAAAGCACGGAGAUCUUCAUCACUUUAACUCCACAUGGCCUCCUGUCACAUCGAGGACGUUGUAGGAGCUGUCUGACCAUCCCCGUUCAAAAAAUCUGCGUUAUUCUGGGUUGAUCAAGUUGCUAGGAAAGAAAGUGAUUCCACAGAGUGUGUGGUCGUCAACCUGGCAAGUGCGUUCGUCGUCGGGCCUCGUGGCUAUUCCGUGUGUGGCUACUCCGUGGGUGCGGCGCCACCAGUGCCCAGCCCUGCCCGUGCGACCGUCGGAGGCGCCCUGGCGCUCCAGGCAUGCCCAGUGCCUCAGCCCGGGCCAAGAGCAGGAUUUGCCCACCACGUCCCAGCCGCAGGACAGAAUGAAACUGUACAGUUAUAAUGGUGGCGGCACUGCGUCGUGCGACGAAGAGGAGGACGACAACAACAACCUGUCCAGCUACAGGAUCACUAUGACCAGCGAAGACCUUCUCCAGCCGGGACAUGUCGUCAAAGAGCGGUGGAAAGUGGUGAAGAAGAUCGGCGGUGGUGGUUUCGGCGAGAUCUACGAGGGCCUAGACUUGGUGUCCAAGGAACUGGUGGCACUCAAGCUCGAAUCAGCCAAGCAAGCCAAGCAGGUCCUCAAGAUGGAGGUGGCGGUGCUCAAGAAGUUACAGGGUCGGGAGCACGUGUGCCGCUUCAUCGGUUGCGGUCGCAACGACCGCUUCAACUACGUGGUCAUGCAGCUGCAGGGCAAGAACCUGGCCGAGCUGCGCCGGUCGCAGCCACGGGGUGCCUUCUCGCUCAGCACCACGCUGCGGCUGGGACUGCAGAUACUGCGCGCCAUACAGAGCAUACACGAAGUCGGCUUCCUGCACCGAGACGUCAAGCCGUCCAACUUCGCCAUGGGCCGGACGCACCACUCGUCGCGGAAGGUGUACAUGCUGGACUUCGGCCUGGCUCGCCAGUACGUCACCACCACGGGCGAAGUGCGGCCACCGCGAGCAGCCGCCGGAUUCCGAGGAACUGUGCGCUACGCUUCGGUCAACGCCCACAAGAACAAGGAAAUGGGGAGGCACGACGACCUGUGGUCCCUCUUCUACAUGCUGGUGGAGUUUGUCAACGGGCAGCUACCCUGGCGGAAGAUCAAGGACAAGGAGCAGGUGGGCCUGAUGAAGGAGAAGUACGACCACCGGCUCCUGCUGAAGCACCUUCCGUCGGACUUCCGCCAGUUCCUGGAGCACAUCUCGUCGCUGGACUACUACGACCGGCCGGACUACCCCGUGCUGGCGGGGCUCUUCGAGCACUGCAUGAAGCGCCGCGGGGUGCGCGACUCCGACCCGUACGACUGGGAGAAGCCGCUCGGCUCGGAGCCGGCGCCGCCGCUGGGAGCCGUCGUCUCCAAGGGGGCCCAGCAAGGGAGUGCCCUGCUUGGCGCGGAGCUGGACGACAACAUCAUGGCCAGCUACGACGAAAGAGGCGACCACAUGGCGCCGGAGCGCCGUUGUACGACGGUGCGCCCGCCAUAUCUCCGGCGCUGUUGUCCAAGGAGCCGCGUCCCACUUCGACGACACUGCGAAGCCACCAGGGGCCACGCAUUCUCCCCCAGUGGGAGGCGGCCAAGAGGGACAUCGACAGCAUCAACCAAAUGCCUCGGGAAGUGCCCACACACCAGAUGGCGCUCACAGAGAACAACAACAGGAACAACAACAACCCGUCCAGGGAGUGCCACUUGGCGCCGGCCGCUAACAAUGAGAAACUGGCCACCAAAGACAAGAAGGCAGAUCUGUCCUCGGGCGCCGAGAACGGUCACGACAAUGGGCUUGACGAAAGGCCUCAAGCGGCGCCGCGCAUCACAGGACGCCGGCACCGCCUCGGCCCGGGACAGCCCGUCGCACGAAGAGCGCUCCCCCAAGAGGCUGCCUCGUCUGCACAUCGGGGCGGCCGCAAACUUGCCGGAAAGGGUAGCGACCGCGUCCGCGGGACUCGAAGAAGCCACGGCGCAGCCAGACACUGCCGACUUGUCUAAAGAGCCUUCGCCCCUCGAGCAAGUGCUGCAGAUUGCAGCUGCGGCGUCCGCCGGAAGAGAUGUUGUCGUCGGUUCGAAGCAACAGGCUCCGCCCCCUCAGCCUGUGAGCACGCCUCCCACGGACCCGAAAGCCACCAACCUGGAACAGCGUCAGCAGCACCGGAGGCUGCACCGAAGGCCGUACCACCGAGACGUCUCGCUGACGCAGUUCGCGGUGGCAGACGACGACAACAUAUCCGCGAUGCAGCAGGUCACCAAGGGAGCGGCGGCGGCCAUGACGCUCGCCUCCAAGUGGCAGGCGUCGUUUGAUGAUAGCGAGGAGACAGACCACGACGAGAUGGACGAGAACGCGCCCCUGACCUCUCCCGACCACCGAGUAAUCAAGAGGGACUCGUCCGGUUACGCCCUGGAUAAAAUGGCGGGGAGGCCUGCGGGCAAGUCUGCCCACGCGAGCGGGGACGACGAGAGGAGGAAGAGGCUCGAAGAAGGCCGCAUGGUGAUACAGGAGGAAGUGGACGCCAAGAGGGCCGUGCGUCGCGCCGUCUCCCAGCCUGCCGACUACCACAUCACUCUGGCCGGCUUUCCCCUCCAGGGUCCUGUGCCUCUGGGGUUGCCGCGCGUAUGGAGCUGCCCGUCGAUGGGCCAGCACAUCCGCUCCCACCUUCAGCCGCCGCUAAGACAGCAGGCUUCGUUCGACGACAACGUCUACGAGGUGGAUGUGACUCGGAACGUUGCCGCUAGGUGCAGUGAGGAGGGCGAGGAACGCAGAGCGUCUCUACCCUCUAUUCACCUGCGGACGCCCGAAGAAGAGACGGCGCCCAAGAAGGAAGCCUUGGAGGUGAAGAACAGGGAGGAAUCGGUCACCGAGAGUCGGUCGGUGCAGCGGUCGGCAAGCGCCACCGGAAUGCCCGCGCCCAAGGGGAUCCUCAAGAAGCCGAGCAUGGAGAGGUCGCCCUCGCUGGGAAGUCGGCGGGACGACUUCCCGACGCCCGGAGGAGGGCAGCAGCAACCUCCUCAGACGCCCGUGGACCCAGCAUCGCGCGCGUGGGGAAACCACGUGCUGACGCGGAUGCACUCGGACGAGCCUUCCAUCUACUUCGACGCUCCGGCGGCGCCGCUGGCACCGACGUCGCGCGAGGACCGAUGGUCUCUGGGCAACAUAGAAGAGGCCAACCUGUGGCGGGCGUACGCCUGCAGGCGCUCAGGCACGGACGCCGACGACGAGAACUCGAAGGACGAGUACGAGACGCCGCCUCGAGACGACCAGCAGCACGUGUCGGUGAUCAGCUUAUGCGAGCUGCCGGAAGCUUUCCGGCUCAUAGGAUUGCACGACGCGCAUCCCGCGUACCCGAGGCGAGAGCCCACGCCCGACGAGCGGCUGCAUAGGCCGGCUUCGGUGGGCGGCAGCGACGAGCUCCCGUCGCGCAUUCCGGUGGCUAGGCGGAGCAUACUGGCGCGGCGCCGGCCAAAGUCCAUGAUCGAGCAGGGAUCACUGGAUGCCCCACACGAAGUGCAGCGCAGCAACUCGGCUGGCCUGGUGGUCAACGGCCGCGCCAGGCACCCCGGCGAGCGCUGGGGUAGCAUCCUGCACGUGCCCGUGGUAGUCCAGGUAAAGCCCACCAUUGGCGUGGACGACGGUGACGACAGCGGCGGGGGGGGCCGCAGUGGUUGCCCGGCCGACUCCCGCAUCCCGCGUCCCCGCGUGAGGCAGCGCACCCCCGAGAGGCUCUCGGUGGCGCCCCUCAGUCACUCGGCGUCGGCGCCCAUGGAAGGACGCUGGAGGCCGCAGCCGCCGCCCGGCGACCCGCCGCCCAACCACUGCGUGCCGGCCAGGAGGCGCCGGUACCGGCCGCUGUCACCGAGCGAUCUACAGAUGACCGGCAGCGAGUCUUCGCGCGGCAACUCCCCGGACUGACGUCAUCAGCCUGUGCGUGCCUGCUGCUGCGCCUGUGCGUGAGCCGCCUUCCGACGCCUUGUGGCCGCUGCGCGUUGACGCUGGCGGCAGGCGACUGUGUUUGCCCGUUCGCGCCCGAAGAAAUCGUUUCGGGUUCACUACUUCUCUAGUCAGCCGUGACAGUGGACGCAUCACGUGCCGUUGGUCCCGAACAAAAGCCUCGUGCCAGGGGAAACGGCGCCAACGACUCAGGACGACCAACGAUCCCGCUUCGCCAGAUAUACUCGCCUCUGCCGUUUCGCCUGCCCCCUGUCGCCGACAAAGAGAAACCAAGUUGCAUCAUCUCGAGACACGCCGUCUAGGAGAUCUUAGGUUUUCUUCGGAAUACAUGCCAAACCAAAGCGUCUUUGUUGCUGUCACCGCACUUAGCAGAAACGACAGGCCGAUUCUUUUUUUUUUUUUUUUGCUGUCGUUGUCUUAUUUUUUUUUUUUUUUCGUUUUCAGGAUGCCUUCGCGGCUGCUAGUUCACGGGCAAGCACUGUAGCAACGUUCACCUCAACAAUUGCUUUUCCUCGGAAACAAAUAAGUGACCUGCGCUGUUAAGGACUGAGUACAUACUUGCGUUACUGAGAAAUGUUGCAGUAGUUGUGGCAGCACUACAGAUGCGCCCAUUCACAAAAUUGCAGUAUUCUAAAGACCGCAAAUGUUGGCGUUGUUGAAUAAUUGUUUGCGGCAUGAACUCCUUUCUGCGUGCCUAUCCCAGUGUAGCUCAAAAGUUGUUGCUAUACCUAACGAUGACCCAACUUCCCUACAGUAAGUCUAAGUGACCAUUUUUCUUCCAUUCAAGCCUUGGUUGAACACCGAAAGGAGCACCACACACAUGUAUGAAAACCUGCACUUGUGUAGACAAAUCAAAACGCCAUAUCUGGUUUAACCCAGAACCAUAACGGUUACAGUUCGACAGGACAAGGCUGCCAUUGGAGUCAAGCUUCACAUGCGGGGGCUACGCGUCAAGUGCUUGAAAAAAAAAUAUACUCGUAGACAGGCCCUAGCAAUCACUCUUGAGCCUACCUUGCGAUAAACCACACCACAUCCUUCCUAAUUUGGGUCACAGUCGGCUUUUAUUCGAUAUAACAUUACACUUCCGACUCUGCAAAAGCAAACGCAAUGGUUUUGCAAAUUGUGUACUAUUCGUUUGCAGGAAUCGCGUUUCUAGACAUUAGAGCAUUCUGCUACCAAUAAGACGUACAAGAAUUGUCACAGUAGGUGUCCUAUGCAACACAGUGACACUAAAUUUUCACAACAUACGAGAGAUUACUAGCGAAAUCACGAGCAGCCGUCUGCACUUUUGCGGCGCUCUUCUUGUGGUGAGAUGCCCUGGCGAUGGCGCGUUGUUUACCCUGCCUUAAAGGACGGCUGCUUGGGCUGGUUGGCGAUGCAUUACUUUACACCAGGAAAAAUCCUUUGUAAUACGCAUGACGUGAAGGAAAGAAGAAGCUUGUCGCCUCCUUCCUUCCACGUGUUGCUUAGUAAAAAAGAUUUUCCAUGCCUGAAUUUAUUAACUAAAAAAGAGAGUUAAGGUAUGCAGGAAACUUUCUUAUUUAUUGUUCAUGUCGCAGGUUUCAUAAGCGCUUUGACAAUUACAGCACUCACCCUUACAGAGAGCGAGAGACGUUUAUUAUGACAUAAAAACUAAAAAGUUGGCCUGAAUCAAAGCUCUGACCUGCUACUGAGCUUUGCCGAAGGAAAUCAACAGUGGAAGAGAAAUAGAAAAUAGUAGAUGGUGAGAACGAAACUCCGAAUUUGAACUGCUCUUGAAAUGAACGAACUUGCAAGACAUUUCGAGGUCUGAAAUCCAGACCAGCCUUUUGCACGAACUCGAUGAGAGCCUUUCGAAUAUCACACCAAAUACCGAAUCCUCUCGAACACUCUUGAGCAGUGUAAGCGCCUCGGAAUAUUCGUGUUUCAGAACAGCGUAAAAUUAUUUCUGUCGACAAUGGUUCAGAUCUACCCUUUCAGGCCCGAGCUAAUUAUCGAAAAUUCAGUUUUAACCCGUCUUGCACCUUCAGCAUUGUUAAAAACACAAAGCAGUAUAUAUAACUGUCAAUACAAUGCUGAUUCGGGUCAGUUCGCGCAUACUUAGGCAAAGAAAUUACUCUUCUGAGCUGCACGGAAGCUCAGUCAGCACUCGAGUAGAUAAUUGAGGAGCGGCAAACAAAAAUCGUUUAUUUUACGUGUAUUGUGCGCAAAAGCAGUUGAUAGUUGGUCAUUCUUUUGCCGAGGGACGAGCAUUAUUGUCGAAAACAACGAAUUAAUAACAGAACGCGCUGCAUGACGAGCUACUGGCGUCGUGGUAUGCCUUUUCUAAAACAAAACUGGUGCGUAAGGUAACUCUUGCAGCACUGGCUGGCUCCAAGCCUGUCUCAAGGUGUACGUGGCGCACUUUGCACGUCACCACUUUCGUUAGUGCUCUUAGCGCGCAACGUUGUGUGCGCUGCACUCGACGGAUGUUCGGCUUUUGUUUACUCUCAGAAGGCAGGAACGACAUGGUUGAUAAUUUAGAAGGGUUUGGGCGCGAGCUACUUGGUACGGACCAUUCAUUUUAAAGAGCGCAAAAAAAAACACAUGGACAAGGAGAGCACAGGACCAGCGCUGAGUACCCACAACGUGUUUAUUGAAGCCUGCACAAAUAUGUACUGUUCGCAACGGACUGAAAGAGAGAAAGGAAGAAAGGGUGGGCGAGUCAUCGUCAGUCAACUCUUCCUGCGCACGCGUCACAAAUGUAAAGCUGUACAAAUGAUCUGAAGUAAAGGCGCUGAAACGGCGGUGGACGAAGAAGGAACACACACAGGGCGCCACUUCCAACAAUGUUUAAUCAGGAAAGAACGCCACUGAUUUACGCUAGGAGCGCAAUCACAGUUUCUCAGUGCGCAUUCGCGUUCAGGUAAAGCACUUCUUUGCGUGAUAGGGAUAUCGACGCAACGUUUACGCACUUAUCACCUGCUUCAGUGAUGCUUUUGGCCUCAGUUAUUAAUCGAACCCAUUUGUCAUGGCUUCUGGCAACCACAGCGCAGGCGUGGAAGUCUGGCUUACAUUUGCAAUUCCUUCAAUAAGUUUCCAGGUGGCCCUCCCUCCCAUUGUUGACUUUGUUAUUGUGUUGCCUCAGCCUGUCAUUCAGGCACUGUUCUGUUUGGCCCACGUACUUUCUACCACAAUCUAAAGGUAUCUCAUAAACGACUCCUGCCUGACAAUCUACGUAAUUGUUAUCGUGUUUGGCGACACCGGCCGAUGCCUUGCGGGAAAAAGGGUUAGUCAUUGUGCAUAGCUUAGAGAGCUUGCACGGGGCUGAAAACACGACGUCUACAUUGGCUCGCUUUGCAAUCUUUCUUCAAAUUAUGCGACAUGCGGUGUAUGUAGGGAAUACCUUUUCUUUUUCGCGGGGUGACAACUGGUCUGGUGGGCGAGUUCGCGGCUUCUUCAGGAUUGUUUCCGCAACGGAAACUAAAACAGGUUGCGGGUAGCCGGCCUCUUCGAGUCGAUCAAUCUGCUUAAGAAAACUCGCCGCAGCUCGAUGUGAACAGGACUUCUUAAAAACAUUCAGCAGGCACAUGUUAGCAAUGCUGCGUUUAACUAGCGAGUUUAACUAGUGAGAGGAACUAAAAGGUAGCAGAAGUUUACUAGCCCGAGGUUCAUACUGCCGACAGACGUGGUUAUUUGCUAAAAGCAAUCUAACAUGAUGGAGGAAUCUACCGAAAGUUCAUGGGUCAUUUCAAUGGGAGAUAAAAUCUGCCUGGAGGUCGUCAAUGUUUGACUAACGACCAAGUCGGCGUCACUGUAGUUCUUAUCUACCAAAAUUAGGAAGUCGUCAGCGAAUCUAAAAACUUUGACUACGCCAUUACCCUCGAGACUGCUAGAAAUGGCUCUGCCGGCACGAGCUAAAAAUAAGUCCCUCAGGAUCGGAGCUAAACCCGAACCUAUGCAAACGCCGCUCUUUUGCAGGUACAAACGACUCUCCCAUUCAAUAUAGGUGGAAGCCAGGUAAAGUUCUAGCACAGCCAAGAAUUUGUCUUCCGGAAUACCAGCUUCGUUCUGAAAAGGCAGGGAGCCGAAACUGCCAAUGCCUUCCUGUACGCAAUGAAGCAAUUCUGCUUUUGGCCCCCCAUGCUAUGAUAUAGAUCUUUCAGAUCUACAGAAAGGGCCUCUAAUUCUGUUACUGGCUGCCUAGACAAGUAUUCAACUAUUUGUGCAGAAUCCUUUACCAGGUAAGGGUAGUCUACAGUCUUUAAAACUGGUGGUACAGCUAAAAGGACGGACACAAGAUGAAAAGAAGACACGACGACGAGGAAACGGAAAUGUGUCCGUCCUUUUAGCGCUACCAUCAGUUUUAAAGAAUGCAUCACCAACUAGCCCAGCACCAAGUUUUAUUGAGGUAGUCUACAGGUAGAAGCUUCAGCUUUUCUAACAGAGACGCAGCUAAACACUUCUGCCACGUAUUGCGCUCCGACAUAUUACGAACGCGAACGCGCACUGAGAAACUGUGAUUGCGCUCCUAGUAUAAAUCAGUGGCGUUCUUUCCUGAUUAAACAUUGUUGUGAAGAGGCGCCCUGUGUGUGUGUGUGUGUGUGUGUGUGUGUGUGUGUGUGUGUGUGUGUGUGUGUGUGUGUGUGUUUGUGUGCGUGUGCGUGUGCGUGUGUGUGUGCCUUCUUCGUCCACCGUCGUUUUAGCGCCUUCACUUCAGAUCAUGCUUAAUCAACACGACCAACUAUCCAUCUUAACGCUGUACAAAUGUUCCUUAGAAAUUAAUUAGUUUGGAUUGUGUUCAUAUGGUGUAUUUUACAUUUGUAUAGUUUUUCGUUUGUGACGCAAGCGUAGCAAGAGUUUAUGACGACGACUCGCCUAUCCUUUCAUCUUUCUCUCUUCCAGCCCGUUGCGAAUAGUAUCUGUUUGUGCGGGCUUCAAUAAGCAGGUUUUUGGCAAUCAGCGAUGGUCCUGUGUUCUUCCUUGUGCCUGUGUUGUGUUUUUCGGCGUUGUUCAAAAUGAAUGGUUGAUAAUACUCGGGCAGCAAAAUCAAACAGGGCGGUGACGAUACCGCAACUUGUUUGCAUGAUGGGUGCGCAUUCUGGAUGCAUGUGCGCUCAUUGGCCAGUGGCUUGGCUUGACUAGGCUCUCUGCGGGAGGACACUCAGACGCUUUCGCUGGCUCAUGAGUGGCUUGCGGUGGCGAUAUACUGUACGGCAUCACGCAGCAGAGCCAAUCGAGAAUAUCUGAUAUUCGUUGUCGGUCUGUACGCUCUGAACGGGUACCCAAUAUAACGAAGACAUUUUAAUCCCACAGAUACAAAUUCGUUAACUUUCGGCUUUAGUUUACGUACCUCAAAGUAAAGCUCUGUAGAGGAGCGUUACAAAAGUUCAUAGUAGGUUAAGUUCAGUUGUGCAAUAUGAAGGAAAUAAUAACCAAUCAAACAGUUACUUAAAUAGUAGCGAAUAACAAAACAAUUAUUCGUCACAACUUGCUCGAUGGAGCUGCAUACCGCAGAUUUGAACGAAGGUUUAGAAGGUGUUAUUACACAAGUUGGUGAGGUCUCGUUAGUUGUGGCAUUAAUAGUGCGAGAAAAGAAAGCCACACUGGCGCUCACGUUUUGCCAGUGCGUAGGCGGCGGAGGAGGGAGCGUGGUUCCGAUCAUUUCAACACCACAAAACAGCGGGGGAACACUUAUCGGUGCUGUUUUUUUGGCGCAAUAAAUCAACUUUGUGCACGUGAUCUAGGCGCGAUGGAAACGCCGGCGAGAGAACUUUACGCCGGCGAAGCAGAGACGCGUGCCAUAUAUAUACAUAGAUGAGCCCGCGGUGAGCCGCAUGUACAGAAAGUGUUAGGUAACCGAACUGGCAGUACCCGGCAUUAUUCAUGUUUCAGCGCUGACCACUGUUGAAGAGCGGUCUACGUGCAAUGCAACGAGUGGGCACGUGUGCCUCUUCCGAAAUGAGCAUGCAAUUUAUUCGCGCAGCGCCCUGUUUGGCCCACACAUACUCGUCCACAUUUUAGCGCGAUUUAUUGCACCACGCUCGUGGCGCAUUUCAGAUUCUAGGCAGAAGCAAGAAUAACAUUGCCCGUGAGCUUUUAGAAGCUUGUCAGAUCAAGGAAAAUGGCAAUGACUGCGUAGGUGACAUUUCUGUGGCGUUAUAUCACGCUGAGCGCAAUUUCCUGCGCAGCUUGUGUUGACACGAGGCAAGCUUGAUUUGCCCUCUCCUCCUCAUUCCCCCCUUCCUUCUUUGCUGCGUGUGAGCACUUCUUAUAUAUGCAGAUUCGACAUAAAUAAACCCACUUGAUAGUUUGCACUCCUUUAGCUUACCUAGUUUUUCCCUGUUUUCGUUCUUUCUCCGGCGCAACUCUGCCUAAAACAUAGCCAUGCACUGAUUCGCCCAGCAAAAAGUCCUAAAUUACACUAUAGGUGGCGGCGUUAUCGUAAGGUGUUACUGAAGCUCAUAGUAUCACUUUCUGUGGUCGUCGUAGGUUACGUUUCUUCGAAAUUCGCCAAUCUGCAAUUUUAAGGCCCUAUACAGUACAGCAAUGCUACUCUCUUUAUAGUCAGUUGUCACCAAUACGUCACGGAUUCAGUAGAAUCUAGUAGAAACGCUAUACUGUAGGCAGUGCCGCCUUUGAAUAGAGUGCGCGACAGUGGAGCAGUCCUUGGAAUUACACAGUGAUGGAGUGCACAUGCAAGCAGACUGUACCAAGGAAAGAUAUUAAAGCAACGAAUUAGCAUCACACUCGCAAGCUAAUUUCGAGACUAUUUCGUGAUAAUGUCGAGACUGGAAUUUCGAUUACCAUAAGCGAUAACUACACAACUCUUUCCGGCACAUAUUACGCCUUAUACGUCAUACUUAUCGUGCGGGUAGGGCACGAUAUACCUCGAGGAUUAUACCACAACUUAUGGAUCAGUUGAUGCACUGAAUAAAAACAAUUCAUCCUACAGCUUGCUAAACCUGGUUUACGGCCAGCGCAAAGAAAAAAGAAUUAAAAAAAAUGCCUGUAUUACGCGCAAGAAUGCAAAGGGGGUUAUAACUUACCUAGACCAUAGACUAACGGACCCUUGCUGCCGUUCUUGACAGUCACAAAAUUCUUCUUUGAAUACUCGACCGGAAUCGCACGCGUAUUUGAACGUACAACGCAAACAAGAUACUGAAGUGAGUGUUCUAAAAAAAUACCAGAACACGUAGUUUCAAAAGACUGGUUUUAUUGGCGAGAAAAUUUACCCUUGUAAUUGAAAGAUCCUCAAUUUUCCAUAACUACCACCUGCCACUAAUCGGGCCCGUCGCGCAAACUUAUGCGCAUCGAGCAUGGUCAGAAUUAGCUGACGUGUAACGUUUUACUCGCGCCUGCUGCAGGUAUCGAGAAACUCCAGAACUAGCAUCAUGCUGCGAACAAAUUCUCAUUAUUCUAGUUACUAUCGACGAUGCAGUGAGAUAUCGUGCCCACUUCCUGAAUUUUCUUUUUUUCUUUUGCGCAAGCACAUUUCACGGUUACAGAAGAAAAACUAUUCUUGCAGACAAAACCUCUUAUUUGGACGCACUCUGUUACCUAGUUUUAUUUAUUUUAUUUAUUUAUUUGUACAAUACUGCCAGCUGCCUUUUGACAGCCACUGCAGGAGUGUUUAACGAUGUAGUAAUAGCCUUACAUUAGGCACAGGUGCGUGCAUUUCGGACCAAAAGAGCAGAAAAAGAAAAGGAAAUAAGAAUACAAAGAGCAAAAAGCAUAAAGAGCAAGAAGGUUUUCGAGCACAGUCCUGAUCACUUUCAAAUAAUUCGGAAACACGUGCGCGUAAUGAUAAGCAAAGAUUCUAGGAUAACUGUACAUUGCACACAAAAAUGGGACAGACCCUGAGGUGCCUUAAUUAACUACAAUAAUGCGUCGCUUGAUGAAGCCCUAGCCGACUGAAAAUAGCAGGCAUUGGUGGGCUUGGCCAUUGACACUCCGAACGGUACGCACUUGUUGAGACAUGGACGAACAUCAAAUCGUACAAACACGAGCGCUGAAUUUCGCGCGAGUUUCGUGUGCGCUCGUGUUUGUGUGAGUUGAACAUUGUUCUAAUAAUCAGCGUAGAUGGCGAACUAGAUAGCUAAGCGGACAGCGGCCAUUUUAAGGUUUAGUUCCAAUUCUCACGAAGCCGGUGGAGACGGCUUCUCAGAAGGAGCAUUCAAGUGCAAAGCCAUGCUGGCUGCUUCGCUGUCUAGGCAAGAUGGCGGCUGGGCAGAAGGCUUGGAAACUCGUUUAGAAGAUCGUCUUCUCGCAGGAAAAUGUAGUCACGCUUUUGUGUGCGCUUGGUGUAAGCACGUUGUCUUUUUCAUAGGUUCGCACACACAAAGUAUUAAAAUGUAGCGAUAAUAUGUGCUUUCCUGAACUUUCUUCUGCUGCAUGCGAGGUGGCGUCACGCUGCAGUGACGUCUGCCAGGCGAUUCCAUGACUUGAGCUCGAGGCUGUCUUAGCUGACAACGUAGGCUGUCUGCAAUGCUCACCAUAAUCUAAACACACCCAUGUCUAAACAAGGGGCUGCUUUUAAAAUGAUAACGAAAAUGGGACGCGAUAAACAUAUUCUGAUCAAUAUUUCGCAAGAAAGCCACUGGAAAAAAACGGUACGUGCAAGGAAAAAGAAAUCAAAAGGAACAGUGCUUACAACAAUGCGUAUCAUGAAUAUCAAAAGGUUGAUUUCAGCAAAAAAUCUAGUGUAAUGUUACGGUUUUUUUACCGGCGUCGCCCAUCUUUCAGCGUUAAUUUAUACCAAAGCAGGCUCUAUUGCUGGAUUCCUGAAAGUGACGAUGCCAUUACGAGCCUUCUUGGUCACCUACAGGUGUGUCACUCGUUUUGUAGUACAAUAAAGAUGAUUGCGCGUAGCAAACUUUAAAAUGUAGUAACGAGAUUGCCGCCUCCCGAGUCUUUUUUUAAACUGAGUUGGGGCAGUUAUGAAAAAGUGUCCGAGAGAACCUGUGUAAAAAGUAUGUUACGGCCUUCCUUGAAAUAGAAGCAAGUUUAUGUAGCUUAAUAAUGUGAGGUUAUAGGAAAUGUUGGACACUAUGGUCGCCGCCUUUUCCGCAAGAUAUCGUUGUUAUAAAAGCAGACGGGAAUGUGUUGCGACGACCAAUUAGAAAAGCCACACAAUGGCAGAUCAUGCCCUGAUUUACAGCCUAGAGUUGUGAACUUAUAUGUAUCUGAAUGUCGUAACACAAAUUCUCGUUAGGUUUAGAAGAAAACAUUUCAAAUGAAGUUUAGGUAUCAUUUCUAACGGAUUUAUGCUCUUCUUUCUUUUUGGCUAACGGUAUCAUCAAAAGUGUAGUGCGUAGCCACUCUCGGAAUCUCCGCCGUCUUUUCUCUUUGUGACACUCGUUUUGCGUGAGAUGUGAGGUAAGCAGCGUAUCUACAUCAACCGCAAUGACCACUUACGAAUUAUGACAGUUUGUCAGCUGACUGCACACACAAAACUUGAAGUGACGAUGCUUCCAGGGACAGCUGGCAUUUUGCUUCCGUCGAGUGCAGCGCUCCAAGUGUUGAACUUAGUGGCCAGCCCUUUCAGUUUUACUCAGAUCAAAACCGAGAGUUAGUCCAGUCAAUUUCCCACGUUCAUAGUGGCAUGCCGUCUCUGCUGGCGCCACUGGUGAAUCAACUUCCCAAACUUCCAUCUGACUUCACACAGUACAUUCUCAGGAUCUCAAUAAAAUUACCACUAUUCGAGCAAGUAGAUUCAGUAUUCGAUUCGCCUUCUAACAUAAAUUUCGGAGUCAAUCUACCACAUGCGCUUUGUGUAUAACUUCUGGGAGAGUAAUUCAAGCUAUGUAGUCAAUUAUUUGGCGUCAUUUGGAUUUAUAAUCUACGAAAAAGUGACAUGGUAUGCACCAAAGGCCACUUCAUGGAUUAGAGCGCACUGCGGUAUAAUUGUUAAGCUGCGCUGCAGUUCAAUAGCGUUUUUACACUUUGUCCGCAUCAUCUGUGCUUGUUUAUUCUCUAGAAAUGUUUCGGCAAGGAUUCCCGAACAGAUUUGCCCUGUACAUAAAUGUAAUAUAACAUGUUAACAUUAGUUUACUGCGAUCUUUGCUAAUUAUACCGCACCUUAGCCUGUAGAUAAUCAUAGGCAUACAACUUCUCUAGAAGACUGAUCGGAAAUAUUUCGUGGUUUUAUUAUUUCUUCUCUUAACACUACAAAGACGAAUAACUAUGUUAUGCACGGUAUCAAACAAUGAAGAUGCAACCUACCAGCGACAAUGUAGGCUAUGCAACAUCUGCGAAGCCCGUAACUACAGAGAGGCGCUCCGUCGUGAUUUCUUUUGCUGCAAUAUAGUUGUCCUGUUUAGGCUAUCAUUUGCAUAUACAUAUUAUACAUAUUAUAAACGCUUGUGUUUCAUCAACGCUGAUUGAGCCUUUUAGAUGGCGAGAACUAGAAAGAAGUUAUUAUUCUUCAGACAACACACAACAUCCUGAUCUCGCGUUACGUAAAAACGCCGGUCACCCAGAAAUAGGAUUUUACAUUAUUUCUUGUUUGGCAAAUAGCGUUGUGGGGCAGGCAGUGAAUGCGAGGAUGUUAUUUUUAAGGGGGUGAGUGCGUGGAGUGCCCAAUGAAUGUGGUCUCGCAAGAAAAACGCCCGUGUAACAGACUGAAGAAAAUAAAUGAUGUUUUCGA